UGGAAUAGGGAUACAUGAGUUAAGAAUGUAUACUUUGUAAUUAUAAUGGAUAAGAUAUGAUUAAAUAGUAAAGCAUAUCCAAGUAAAAGUCGUACCAUCAAACAUUUAGGUAGAACCGUUUAUGAUCUCUGUUCUGUUUUGCCAUGGGAAUUUUAUUUUUCUCCCUGUGAUAGUGAAGUGGAAUAUUUUGGUCCCCCUGGGGUAAAAGUGAGGGGGUAAAGUCCGCUUGGCACUGAAAAACACAAUCAGUAAAUUUUCACCGUAUAAAGGUAGAACAAUUUCACAUAUUUUUAUUUAAUUUUAAGAAAUUUUGUAGUAAGUUUAGUGAUAAAUUGUAAUAGUAUCGUUAACUAAAUUAUCAUGUCAGUUGUUACUUUGACUAAGGAAUCACAUAAGAAUCCAGCUCCAUUUAGAAUCAAAUAUGAAGAUGCAAGAGCAGUGCUUGGACCCAACAUAAAACUUCCAACCAAUGAAUCAUUACCAGUACUUGAAACAAGUUCUAAAAUUGCUAUUAUCGGUGCUGGUUUCGGAGGUAUUGCAACUGCAGUUAAAUCUAUAAAUGACUUAAAAGAAACAGAUAUUGCUAUCUUUGAAAAACAUGAUAAUUUCGGUGGUACUUGGUAUGCUAAUACAUAUCCUGGAUGCGCGUCUGAUAUUCCUGCUUUAUGGUAUUCAUUAUCAUUUCAAUUAAAUAGUAAUUGGACUAGAAUCCAACCACCCCAAUAUGAAAUGGAAGAAUAUAUCUUGGAAGUGGUUAAAAAGCAUGAUUUAAGAAAAUAUGCUCAUUUCAAAAGAACCGUAACAAAAUUAGAAUAUAAUGAUAAGGCUGCAAAUUGGACGAUUUAUAUGAGAGAUUUAAUCAAUGGUCAAUUAAUCAAGCAUACUGCUAAGAUUGUGGCCUCAUGUCAAGGUGGAUUAGUUAAUCCUCAUCAUUAUACUGCUAAAGGGUUAGAAGAUUUCCAAGGUGUAUAUAUGCAUUCAGCCAUUUGGAAUCAUAAUAUUCCAUUGGAAGGUAAGAGAAUAGCAGUUAUUGGGAAUGGAUGUUCUGCCAAUCAAUUAAUUCCUAAUUUAUUACUGAAUUAUAACCCCAAAUCAAUUAUUCAAAUCGUUAGAUCCAAACAUUAUGUCAUGCCUCCUAUUCCAAAGAUUCUUCUUUAUUUGUAUCGAUUAUUUUCAUUUUCUUAUAUUGGAUUAUUAUUCGUUCGAUUAUUUGUUACAGUGGUGGCAGAAGCUAAAUACCCUCUUUUCAAAGGUAAUUCAUGGUUUGCAAGAUUUGUUCGUUGGAUUCAUUGUAAACAAUCAUUAAGAUAUAUGUAUUCUAGUUCUCCAAAGAAAUAUCAUGAUAUCCUUAUCCCAGAUUAUAAAAUUGGAUGUAAGAGAAUGAUUUAUGAUUAUCAAUAUUUACCAAGUUUAUAUGAUGAUAGAAUUACGUUAACCAAUGAUGAAGUUGAUCAUAUCACUAAGGAUUCAAUUGUGUUUAAAAAUGGUAAAGAAGUCAAAGUUGAUAUUAUUGUGGCAUGUACAGGUUAUGAUGUUAAUAAAAGUUUUCAAAAUUAUGAAAUGAUUGGUCAGAAUGGUGCUGAUGCGGGUAAAGUCUGGAUUAAAGAUGGUGGUAGUGCAUAUCAAACCAUCUUAGUUAAAGAUUGUCCAAAUCUUUUCUUUAUAGCAGGUCCAAAUUCAGCUACCGGUCAUUCAUCAGUAGUAAUGGCUAUUGAAAAUGGGUGUACAUAUUUUUCCAAACUUGCUGCAAAAAUCUUAGCUGGUGAAUAUAAAUCAAUUGUGGUUAAAUCAGAAAAAUAUGAUCAAUGGUAUAAAGAUUGUCAAACGGAAUUACAAAAUUCCGUGUUUGGUACUGCAUUUGGCGGUUGUGUCUCAUGGUAUGGAGAUGGUAAAGUUAAUUCUACGGCAUAUCCAUAUUCACAACUUCAUUUUUGGUAUGAAAUGAACCAUCCAAGAUAUGACGAUUUAGUACUUGAAGCAAGUGAUGCUAAGACACAAUAGAGACAGAAGAGAAGGAGGAAGAGGAAAACGUGUAACCCAUAUUUGUUUAGGUUUGUAAGUAUUAAUACAAAGUUUUUUUUUACAAGCAACCCGUAUUCGAAUAGGUAUGACCAUGUGAUUAUGACCCUAACUCUAUCUAUUGGAUAAAUGACAAGAAAAUAAUGGUUACCCAUCUCAUCCAUCAUUGCAAAUAAUAUCAGUAUCUAAGGUUAAUAAUUAUCCAAUUUGGGAUGAAUGAUAAUGAGGAUGGCAGCAGCGCGCACACCGUCACUGUGAGAAAAAAAUGUCAUUUAGAUGCUAAAAUUGCAAGAUGGCCCAUAUGGUAGCAAAUAAAUAAAUAAACAACAACAUAUCAACCAA